AAUGGCUUUCAUGAAUGAGACACGGCACCAAAUAACAUUAGAAAAAACCCCAACUUAGGCCGAAUAAGUCAACGCAGAGAUCACAAAUCCCAAUUACUCCUUCUACUUGAUCUCUAAGAAAAAUUCAGAAAACACAGAUUUCAAUGAAUCAUCUUCAACAAUCGGAGAGAAAACUUUCUCAUGUUUCAUCCGUUUUCCCUCCUCUAAUGUAACAGUUUCCUCCUCUCCUCUUGAUCUUCUUUUCUUGUAGUGCAAGCGAAGGGUAUGGCGACUUAAUCCGUUUUACUCUUCCUUCGUCUCUCUCUCCCUCUCUCUCUUGAAGGUCCUUUAAUGGCGAAGAAGCACAGAAAGCUCUUCCCUCUGCUGGCAGAGACAAACAAAACGAUAGAUUGCUCGACUGGAUUGUGUGACCUGGCUUGCCCUUACAAUUGCUACUCUGAUCCUGACUCCUACACAAUUUCCCCAGAGCCGUCUCCUCAGUUCACGCUCCCUCCUCUUUCUCCGUCAAUCCCGGCCGUCUAUGAUCAAUCUCCGAGCUAUCCAAUCUCACCAGACACGGUAAUCAUCAUCACUGUCGCCUCUGCCGUCCUAGCCAUCCUUCUCACUGGCUUCGUCUUAGCGGUGAAGUUUGCAUCCAACAGAGUAAAUCAUGUCAGCCGUGGAGGAAACCAGACUGAUCGUGAAGAUUCUGAAGAAGAGGUUCUCAACAGGGAAGAAGUGGACCACCCCAUCUGGUACAUCAGAACCACGGGUCUGCAACAAUCGAUUAUAAACUCCAUCGCCAUCUGCAGGUACAAGAGAGGGGACGGACUGAUCGAAAGAACGGACUGUCCCAUCUGUCUGAACGAGUUCGAAGAACACGAGAGUCUUAGGUUGUUGCCCAAAUGCAACCAUGCCUUCCAUAUCUCGUGUAUAGACACAUGGCUUAGGUCACAUACGAAUUGUCCGUUGUGUCGGGCCGGUGUAGUCAGUACUGAAUCUCCACAGAGCUCAGCCCCGGAGGAUGCAAGUGCCGGAAGCUCUGGCUCAGGAUCACAGACGGAGAAUGCUGGAGAUGGCGAUGGCGGUGAAGCCAGAGAUGGCGACCAGAGCGAGGACAGAGCUGAACCAGGGAGAAAUGGGUAUGACACGGCGUUGAAAGACCCGAUGAGUUCCAGUGGCGAAGAUUCUCUGAAUCCGGGCCCGAAUUCGGAUGCCCAGAUGGAAAGUUUCCGUCUUUUGAAUGAAUCUGAUCGAAAUUCGGAGGAGAGACCCAGGAUCGAAUCCAAUAACCGCGUCGAACCAGAGAGAGAAGACCACGUUAGAGUUUCUAUGGAGUCCUUGGAUCCAAAUCUAGGAAGAUCCAUCUCAUAUACGGUUACCCAGAUGGAAAAUUCAGAUCUUACCGGAAAAUCUUGCCAGAAUCAGGAACCAGCAAGGAUCAGCCAGUCAGUGAACAGUACCGAAGGAGAGACGGAGACAGAGUUCGGAGAACAAGCCAGUUGCUCCAAAGAAAACAGUUUCCAAUCUCGGAGAAUGCCUGAUUCCAUGGAUUCCGGCGAAUCGAACGAGACGUCGAAAUUUCAUUCAGGCAUUUCGUCGAACAUGUCGAAGCCUAUCGGAAGCUCGCGUUUCGGUAGAACCACGAGCUCGGUUUUCCCGCUGUAGUAAAAUUCUUCACCAACCAUUUUCCAAAGGUAAAAAGCAAAAGAAAGAAAAUUCACAAGCGUUAAUGUAAAUUCCAAAAUUGUAUAACGAUGAGAAACAACCUCUCCCACUGCUUAUUCCUGUAAGAAGAAAACAUCGCCGAAGAAACAAAUCUCCUUUCGAGUU